CCAUUGAUUAGAGUUACUGGGGUCCCAUAAGUUUCUCAUAUCCCUUCUGAAAGAGCAGGACAUCUGAAUUGAUUGUGCUGUCAGUCUCCAAGAAGUGGGAUGUUCUAUCCGGUGUUAAAUUCUUUGACCGUAUGACAUCCAAGUUAUAUUGAAUAAAUCAGCCAGCACGAAGAAUGAUGCUGCCAAAAUUGGAUGACGCGUACCAUUCAGAACCAAAUAUCAGCAGCAAUAAGCUGUAUGCGACCUGUUCUCGAGCUCAGUGCCAUGGCCUGGCUAAUGGAGCCUCCUCGAGGGACAUGGUAUUGGAAGAUGGCAAGACUGAUGAAGAACAUCAGCAAACACAAUUUCCUGUUCCCAGCGUGCCUUCAACAGUAAAUGAAGUUUUUGCCCAACCAUCACAGUUGGAGCUUGUUGGCCCCUCAAUGGCAUGUGCCCCUUACCCAUAUUCAGGUCCCAAUUAUGCAGGAGUGACCUCAAGUUAUGGACCUCAGCCUCUGGUGCAUUCUCAUGGUAUAGGAGUUCAUACCACGCAAAUGGUCUUACCGCUGGAAAUUGCAGAGGAGCCUGUUUACGUUAAUGCGAAGCAGUACCAUGGAAUUCUGAGGCGUAGGCGAUUACGUGCCAAAGCAGAGCUGGAAAAGAAGCUAAUUAAAGGAAGGAAGCCUUACCUUCACGAGUCUCGACAUUUGCAUGCAAUGAGAAGGGCCAGAGGAUGUGGCGGCCGUUUCCUGAACACAAAGAAGCUCGAUAAUGAUGCAACUUCUGCGAAAUCCACAACAAACAAUGAGGAUGCUGCUACUUAUGACCUUAAUAAUUCCUUUUCUACUGAUUCAAAGUCAACGUCUCCCGAUAAAAACAAGCACUGCUCACACGUUCAGGGAUUUGAUCUUGAAGGUGACUUCUCAGCACAGAAGUCUGAAACGCUCAACCACAGUAUGAGGCCUGGCAGAGUCCUCACCAUUAAUUAAAUAAACCAGUGGUGUUCAUUGUGUACACAGAACUUGCGACUAUUUUCUGGCGUCUGAGACUUUCCGGGAAGAGAUCUUUUAAGGUUUGAGAGGGACGAGAUGGCGGCAUCAUCGACUCCCAUAAUAUGUAUCGGGCAAAUCAUUCCUUGGCUUGUAAAACAUUUGUCUUAACAAAAAAAGAAUACCAUGUUUUCUAGUGGGAUUGUACAAAGAAGCUAAUGAGCUGUAAGGAACAUUAUAGAUAUGUAGCUUUGCGUGCCACGCUAGAAUUUAUGUCAAGUUGAAGGUCACAAUAGAAUUUUGCGAAGAUAUUGAGCAAA